AGGUGUGCUUACUGAAGGCAGAUUGUCAUGGAUGCGAAGCAGAAGCAUUCCGCUCUGGAAAGCAACUCUUGGAAGGAGGUGCUGUCCAAGUCGUGCAGAUGGAAUAUGACCAUUCGGUUGCUUCCAGGGCUUCUUUGGAGAUUUUGCAAGGCAUGUCACCCCAUCCCUGGCAGUGCAUUUUGCUUCCCAUGGGUAUCUCCUGCUCUGGUUCUGACCUGGCCGACAAGGAUGGAGAUGCGUUCCAAGAGCUUUGGGACUUUGUUGCGGGCAACGUGCACGAGGACUGCAGCGCCAGCACAUUGGAGGAGCUAUCACCUUCAAGCGCCAAAGGGUAUCACACGGACGUCUGGCUGGUUCACGCAGAUACGAUGGACAGAUUGCGCGCUCAGCCAAACUUUGUCGCUGCGCAGCGACGCCUAGCAGACGCCCAAGGCCAACAAUGUGAGUUUGCUGAACAGCACGUCGAACCAGGAGUGUGUGAGUUGAUGUGUCAGAGAUUCCAGGACAUGGAUGAGGCGAAGAAAGUCUGCAGCGCCCGGCCAACAUGUACCAAGGUGCUGCCGCUGGAAGAUGGUUUCGAAUUGCGCGGUGGUGCUGCCACACCCGGGUCUACACAGGUUUCAGCUUGGGUGAAGCUGAAUUGCCACUUCUGAUUGGCCAGACAAAAGCGAUGUGCCCGAUGCGCUCAUAUUUUUUGUAGUGGGCCCGCGUUUGCAUGUGUAAACUAAACCACCGCAAUAACGUGCCCACUUGACACCAUGGACACCUGCGUGCACAGCUUUGGGUGCUUCAGUGCAUAUGAAAGUUGCGGGGUACCCCCGUG